CCAAGCUGGCCUCCCCAGCACCCUCGCUGCCCCCGGCCCCUGACCUGGACCCAGACCCCGAUCCUGAGCCGCAGCACCCUAAUGAAGAACAGUAUGUAAGCGAAGGCGACUACAGCCAGCCUGAAACAAGUCAGGGGGCGCCGGACUGCAGGGACGCAGAGACAAUCACAGAUGUGUGCAACAGCACUGAUUUGCCAGAGUUCGAGAUCAUCAGUCUUUUGGAGGAGCAGCUUCCUGUUUACCGUUUGCGGGCCGACACCGUCUACGGCUACGACCACGAUGAUUGGCUGCACACUCCCCUCGUCGCACCAGGCGCCAGGCUUGACCUGACCACCGAGCAGAUCGAAGAAACACUCAAAUACUUCUUGCUAUGUGCAGACAGAGUGGGCCAGAUGACGAAGACGUACAGUGACAUCGAUGCUGUCACACGUCUGUUGGAGGAGAAAGAAAGAGAUCUGGAAUUGGCUGCAAGGAUUGGACAAUCUCUGCUCAAAAAGAACCAAACCUUGACUGAGCAGAAUGACUACUUGGAGUUACAAGUGGGACAAAUCACAGAGGAGGUGGCCCAGCUGCAUCAUGAGUUGAAUUUGAAGGAUGAGCUGCUGCAGUUUUACACCAACGCAGCGGAGGAGAGCGAGGAGUUUGGCAGCUCCCCCAGGCAUAAACACAGCGUGGACGCCGCAUCGGGAAGCUUCAUCAGCGAAACAGUCCAGAGGAAACUGAAAGACCUGGAGGAAGAGAACCUGACGCUGCGCUCUGAGGCUCACCAUUUAAAAUCCGAGACCGAAUUGUACGAAGAGAAGGAGCAGCAGCUGGUCAACGACUGUGUGAAGGAGCUGAGGCUGUCCAGUCUCCAGAUUUCCACCAUAGCGGAAGAACUGGCUCGGAAGACUGAAGAUGCUUCCAGACAGCAGGAGGAGAUCACACACCUGCUCUCUCAGAUUGUGGAUCUGCAAAAAAAGGCCAAAUCAUAUGCAGUGGAGAAUGAAGAACUCUCUCAGCACCUGCUGGCGGCAAAAGAUGCCCAGAGGCAGCUCACCGCAGAGCUGCAGGAGCUGGAAGAAAAGUACUCGGAAUGCAUCGAGAUGCUGCACGAAGCUCAGGAGGAACUGAAAAACCUGAGGAACAAGAACUUCAACGCGGGGACACCUCGUCGCUACCACCCGCUGGGACUGUACCCAAUGGAUUCUCUGGCUGCUGAGAUUGAAGGGACCAUGAGGAAAGAGAUGAGUCUGGAAGACCCAGACUGCGAAGAACACAAACUCCAUCGUAAGCGCGUUUUUGAGACGGUGAAGAAUGUCAACCAGACGGUCCGCCAGCGUUCCCUGACUCCCACUGGUGCCAACAUUCCGGGCUCCAACCAGUCUCUCUCAGCUCGCACUUCGCCUCAGUCCAGUGGCCUGUCAACACCCCGCUCCAGCAUGUACGGCGGAGACCUCGGCGUUGACCUCGGCAUCACUCUGGACAACCGCACGCAGAGCAUCCUGAUGGAGACGUCGUCUGAUCGUGACAGCAGCACAGGAGGUGGACAAAAGAAAGGAACCGGUGCAGAGGACCUGAGGCUGGCCCUACGUCGCCUGUCGCUGCGUCGACAGAACAACCUGAGCGAGAGACGCUUCUUCGAGGAGGAGAGGGAGCGGAGACGGGGAGGGCACGGAGGAGGAAUGCAGGACGUUUUGAACCACGAGGGUGUGCUGACACCCUCGGAGAGCAUCAUGUCCCUGGGAAACCUCUACGUGUGGGCCUCACGGGGGCCCUACCUCCCCGACAAACUGCAGAUCGUCAAACCACUCGAAGGUUCUGCCACGCUACAUCACUGGCAACAGUUAGCCCAACCUCACCUCGGCGUCAUCCUGGAUCCUACACCCGGCGUUGUGUCGAAGGGCUAUAGACCGCUUGAACUAGAGCUGGAGCAGGUUUAUCCAUGGGGUAGCUUUGAAGAGGACGAACCGGGCGAGCAGUACUUCCAAAAUCUCCCCACGUCCACCUCUACGUCCUCUCCGGCUGUAGCAACCUCCGCCUCGAGCACGGCGGAAAACAUCACCAGGCAGCCUCCGCACAGCCUGGCUGCGCUUUCUCCUUCGUCUCCAUCGCCAUCACCGCACCUCAGCAACACUGACGCUCUGGCUGCGUUCUACCCGGGUAAAUGCAUGGCCCACACCAGCUCCACCUACACCUUUACUACCUGUAGGAUUCUCCACCCAACGGAUGAACAGACCCGGGUCACACCAAGUCUAAACCCAGUCCUGGCGUCAUCCUCCUGUGUGAUGACCAGCAGUCUGCUGGGAACUCCGGCCGUGACACCCUGCACUCCUCGGAGGCUCAGUCUCAUGCCCUCUGAAUCGUCAACUAACCUCAGAGAUGCAACACGGACCACCAGCACCUCCCUGGGUUUGGUGCGCCUCCUCCAGGAGAGAGGGAUCUCAGCGGCGGUGUAUCACCACAGCCAGGGCCUUGAGCAUGCUCAGGGCAUUGGAGGAGUCCUGUUGAGCACUUCCGUUACCCCGAACCUCGCGCCCAACCCCGACCUCCUGCACCCCACCACCCCUCCCAACUCCCCCACCGGAUCCGCGGCCUCGGCUGUCCAAACGUCUGCGGGGUUCGACUUCAAGAGUCCGUCCUACGACAACUUCCUGGCGUCGAAACCCGCCCGCUCUAUUCUGAAGGAGGUGACCGGGAGGAUGAGCAGAAGGCAGCGAGGGAGGGACUGCGAAAGCCAAACAGAUGUGAGUGUCAGCGUGCACAACCUCAACCUCCUGGAUAAGGUGAAGCGACUGGGAGUAGCCGGAGCGUCCGGUGGCAGAGCGGUGAGUCCCGGUCCCAUGUUGGGGCCUCUGGGCGGGCUGCGUAGAUCGGGCUCUCCUUUCGGAACCGAUGGGAUAAGACGGAACCGGAGUUAUCAGACCAUGGUCGGUGCCAGUAUGGCCAUGAAAGCACCGGGUCCGCAGGAGUAACAUCAACUCGACUGUUGAGCAGUCACGUGAGGUCUAAACACUGUAUAAAUGUAAAAAAAAAAA